AUGCCAGAAAUAGAAGAAACCAGCGCCCAAGGGGCAGAAGGUCGCCCAGUGACAGAUCCAGAGGGGGCACAUGCCUCGGCAAAAAUAGUGAGCGACCUCAGAGAUAUUUUCAAAAGGGCGGGAGAGCACUCUCCGGUUGGAAGAAUGCAGGUGAGAUAUGAGCACCCAGUUCUUGUUCUAAGCAUGCGGCAAAGCACAGCCCUGGAGAAAGAACAGGAGAGGAAGAGAGAACGGAAAAAAAGAGCGCAAAGAAGGCUGAAGGAAGGCGCAGAGGACUUUGAGCAGGCGGGAAAGCACGGCUGUGCAGCCUCUGGCGAGGAGGCUCUGCGCCCUAGCGAGGGCGUGCAAGCAGCGGAGAGUGCGCCGACAAAAACCGCACAGAUAUAUUGCAGCCCGGAAUACUAUCAGGGGCUCAAAAAAAACGGCGAGAAGGGCCUGCUGUUUCAGAUAGGAAGGGUGCUGGACAUUCCAGGGAUAGAAGACCUGACGAUUCUGCCAGACAUCCACAUGGGAAAGGUCUUUCCUGUGGGGAUGGCGUGCAACUUCAAUGCGCGCGACCCCAGGUGUGUGGUUGUUCCAGAGCUGAUCGGGUUUGACGUGAACUGCGGGGUGCGCAUAUGGCGCACCAACAUCAAAAGGUCGUGGCUUACCCCGAAAAUAGUCAAGAAGAUCAUCGACUUGGCGGAGCUUCGCAUAGGAAUCAACAACCGAAGAAAGGCGUCAGACAUGGACGCCAAGCAGGUUAUUAUGAAGGGCCUCCCAUAUCUGAUAGAAAGGGGAAUAGCCACGGAAAGGGACGCAUGCGAAACGGAGUCUGGCGGGGCGCUGCCAGUCUACGAGUCUGCCAGCAUUCUCAGCGCCCGGGUCCUCUCCAAGGUUUUGUCCCAGAUGGGAACGCUCGGGGAGGGAAACCACUACGCAGAGAUCCAGUCGGUCACUGAAGUAUUUGACAAGAAAACAGCAGACAUGCUGAAUCUUUCGCUUGGAGACGUGUGCGUGUCGGUGCACACAGGGAGCCGCGGCGUUGGCAGCGUAGCAGUCAGCGAUUUUCUGGGCGAGUAUAUAAAGAAGAACGGGCUUGACCCGCACGACACUGUCAGCAUGCCAGCCAGCUCCGAAGAUGCCCGGGAGUACUUCAACCUGGUGAACGGAUGCAGCAACUUUGCGUUCUGCAACAGGACUGUUAUUGGGCAUGAAAUAUUUGGGAUACUGCACGAGUGCCUCUCGGACAAAAUGGAAAUUCCACUGAUAAUGGAAGUGGUCAGCGACUCUGCGCAUAACAUGAUGCGAAGAGAGGGCGCUGGCGGCGAGUCGCUGCGGGUGCGCAAAGGAAGCACCCGGAUUCUUCCAUACAACACGCGAGAGAGAGACCGCGGCAGCGUGUGCGUUGUGUCGGUGGGCGGGUCUAUGACCACGGGAAGCUACAUACUGAAGGCGGGGAAGCACGCGGAAAAAGCAGGGUAUGCAACGUGCCAUGGGUCCGGCAGGGUCCUGUCGCGCGCAGAGUGCAGGAGCACAAUCAGCCAAGAGGAGGCAGAGAAGACCAUCAGCGACGCCGACGUCCAGAUAAAGGCGAAGAAAAUCAGCAUGGUGGAGGAGAGCAGCCGAGCAUACAAGUGCAUUGACAAAGUUGUAGAUUACUGCGAAGAGUCGGGAAUAUCGCAGAAGGUGUGCAGGCUGUGCCCCUUCGCCACUAUGAAGGGAUAG